AAAAAAAUGAGUUUGGAAAAUAAAAUAAUUAAUGCUAGUACAUCAACAACUACAGAAACAAUAGAAUCUCUGUCUGUAGAGGAAAGAAUGAAAAGAAGAAAUAUUUUGAAGGCUUUAGUUUUGGAAAAUGUAGAGAAUUAUUUGACAGAAAAGAAGAAAACUUUGGAUGACGUUCAAGAAGAUGAACGAGAUAAUUUUCGUCGUUAUAAAUUAUUGGAGACUUCUGCUCUUCAACAAAAAACAAAAAUUGAUGAGAGUAUUCUUGAUUACCAAAAAAGUAUUGACUCGUUGAAAAUGUUGGUUGAACAAAAGACAAAAAAGGCCAAUUCUGUUCUAGUAACUUACAAAUUGGAUGAAAAUCUUUUUUCGGAUGCUGUUGUUGAGGAAAUGGAUAGAGUUUGUAUUUGGUUGGGAGCAAAUGUCAUGGUUGAAUAUAAAUUGGAAGAAGCUCAAGAAUUAUUAACGAAACAUUUGGCAAAUAUUGAACAAACUAAUGGAGAAACAGAAGAGGAAUUGGACUUUUUACGUGAUCAGAUUACAACAACAGAAGUAAAUCUAGCCAAUUUAUAUAAUUAUGGUGUUCUUUUACGAAAAAAAUCUGAUGGAAAAUAUUUGACACAACAAAAUUCAACACAUUAA